AUUCCCGCCUCAGUGGUGACAUUCCCCGCUGCUCAGUUCUGAGAUCUAUUUUUUUUGGUCCUUCUCGCAAUCAGUACAUCGCUUAUUGUGCUUUGCACAGCUGUUGUCAUGGCGGUGUUUUGAAAUUGUACCUGCAGAACGGUAUGGAAUGCGCGUUACACCGUGUAACACAUCGGGGCGCCGGGAUCGCAGGGUUUGAAGAUGACGUUAGACUUCCAGCAUUAUCCAAGACCAGUCCAUUCAGUGUUAUCGGAUUUAUCUGGAGCUUGGAAUAUACCCGACAGGGGAAGCCAAAAGAUGAAGGAAAAUCAGCUCCAGUUUAAUUUGGAUGUGCUUGCUCACCCAAAAAAUUUGGCUGUCCAGUAUUCAAACCCAAGCCCAAUUAUAAUAGAAAAACUUCGCACAUCUCAGCAACAAGCAGAAGAGAUUACAGCAGUGCAAGAUUUAGGAAAUUCUUCUUCUGUCUCUUUUUCUGUUGUAUCCGAGGAACGUCUAAACCUUGCUGUUCAACUUGCAAAGAGAGAUGUGAAAAGGAAACAUAUAGAAGAUAGAUUUCAACCCAAAGAAUAUGGAGUAAAGCCCUGUGCUUCAGAAAAUGUGAAGAACAAACAGAAAACGCAAAAACAAAGUUGGUCACCAGCCUGUGGACCAAAAUCUGAAGUAACUAGCUCUGGAGCCCGGGUGUAUGUGUACACUGCAGAUACACAAAGAACACAGCCAGAAAUUCCAGACUCUCCGCCAACUCAUGAUCCAGGACCUGGCAACAGGAUCCCCAAAACAGGAGCAGAGGAGGGUGAGCAAGAGGUGAAGCGCCUGCAGAAAGAGCUGCACACGUAUAUACAGAAGAUCCAAGAGUUAGCACAAAGAGAACGCUCAGAAGAUGUGUUGGAUGCUGUUGAAGAAGCUAGAGGUCGGAUCCGCCAACAGGAAAGAGCCACGCGCUCAGCCAGGAUGCUUUAUGUUUUACAGCAGCAGGUAAAAGAAAUCAAAGAUGAAUUGGAACAGCUCAGUCCUCAGAAAAUACGACACACAAAAAAGUCUCGAACUAUGUCUAGGCUGGCAGCAGCCCACCGAGGAGCCAUUCGGGCCCUGCAGAUGUUUGUUGCGCAGCUGAAUGAAAAAGGUGAGCAGCAGCUUCCAGUUCUAUACAAGGACCUUGGUCAUCUCAUACGGCAGCUGUCCCUCUGCACUGCAAAAGUUGAAACUGGGCAUGAUCAUGCAUCAUCAGAUUUGAUAAUAUCUAUUCUACAGAAAGUUGAGGAUUUAAACAUCCUUCUUGAAGAAAAAAUUUCCUCACAUGCAAAAAAGAUGUCACCAAGUCGAGUUACAAGCAGAUCCCCAGCCUUCAAAAAGGAAUCUGCCCAUGAAGUGAAUGUGUCUCCAAGAAGAGAGAGAAAAACAUACCCCUCUCCAGUAUUCCAAAACCGAGAGACUUGUAAACAGAAGGUGUCCCCUGUAAGGCGGCAGCUUGUUUUGGAUCACGGCCCAGAGUCUUUAAAUACAGCCACCCAAACAGAGCCCAUACAGAACCGUGACCCACCAACACCUGAAAGUAGAGCAGCCCUUAAAUCAGGACUAGAGGCUUUAAUACAAGCUGGUGGUCUGAAAGGGUUGCGCAGAACUGGAUUUGAUCAACGGAAAAACAAGGGAGUAUUGCUUCCACAACGACCUCAGGGAUUCCGUAAGGUUCGCAGACCUGAGCCAUCACAGAGAGCAAAUUUUCAAGCAAAAACAAUGGCAUUUAUGCUGAAAGAAAAUCGUCCUUGUGUUCGGGAGAAGAAAACUCCUUGGGUGCCCCCAAAUCCAACCUCUCCUCCAGCUUCCGCAAAAAGGGUUAACUGGAGUAAACAACAGAAAAAGAUAAAUGUUUCCUCACCGGAAAAAUCGAUACAUGUUGAGGAACCCAAGAUGCCAUCACAUCAGAUACCAAAAGGUGUAGAAGAUGAAGCAGUAAGGCUUGCAUGGCUAGACUCUGAAACAGCACGAAGAAUGCAGGAGUUACACAAUCUAUACAAAGAAGAAAUUUCACGUAUACAGAGUCUCAGGAAGGAGCUGACCCCUACAAACAGAUUACCAACUGAAGAUGAAAAAAAGAAAAACAUACAGCCACAACAGAAUCCUCCUAUGGUGGCAUCUUUGCCUGGUUAUGUGGCAGAUAGAAGUUUGCAUGAAUCAGAUGCACUGUGCUGGGAACUGUCUUCAGGGAUGUUUCUGCAAGAUGCAAGCACUCUGGAUAACAUGAUCCAAAGAAUGGAAGAAAUAGAAAAACAUCAAGAAGCAGUUCGGCAGAGGUUUAGUCGGAUUGUGUAUGCUGACCCUGAAUUCUGGGCCCAGGAAGAGAAAGAGAGAGCAAGUGCAGCCAUAGACAAGAGACCACUUUCUCCACACCCAAUCAGAAUCACUAAACCUGUAGGCCAGAAGGAGCCAGUAGUGGACAUAUUGUUGAAAGAGCCUCUUGAAGGAGACUCAUUACAGGUAAGCAAGGAAGAGCUGACCAGUGGUUUUCUGCAAAGUCUUCCUCCUAACCUAGCACAGCGGAGUGAUGGACGCAAACCAAUCACUGUGCCAGUAGAUAUGCUACGAAGCAUUAAAGAUUACACUGGGCAAUUUCAACGGCAUCUUCGUCUGACAUCCCACGAGGAGGUGGGCAGCUUCAACCCAUGGCAAAUCUCAGAGAGGUUGGCAGAGGAGCUGUUGGAAGAAGCAUUGGAUGAGGUAGCGGCAGAGCUGCAGGAUGUGUGUGAGGGAUAUGCAGAAGCUGUAUUCACAUCUGAAUUCUUACAGACAGCUUCUUAAACGCUAUCAGCUGGCGCUAAAAACUUGCAAACUAUAUUUUCGGAUUGCAUUUUAAGAAUUGGGAAACAAUGUUUAUGCUGUCAGGCUGAAGUCUUGUAUGCUACAUGCUCAGUCUAGCAUGUUCAGCAUAUACAAGUUACUCAGAAUCACUGUGUAGGAUCUUCCAGCUUAUCAGGAGAACUGGAAAGGGUUCAGUCAUGAAAGACAAUAUAUCUUGGAGUCAUUAAUACUUAUGUCUGGCGUUUGUUUUGACGUACGUUGUUUGAGUACACUGUUUUUAUCAAGGAAAGAGUUCUGCAACAGGACUACUAUGUGUUACAUAUUUUGUUAUCACUAAGGGCUCCAACACAUAAGCUUUUCUGGCUGUGUUCCCCUGCAAUGGGUCUUUUGUGCUUUCUUGUUUAUAGAAGAGUAUUUACCCACACACCCUGGCCUUUCCAAAAAAAACCUCUAUUCCAACACAUGUAACUCCAAAUAAUGUGCUGGCACAACGUGGCAAUUUAAAGCAGGGAAACCCCCUGCGUGUUUAUUUAGAGGAAGUACAAAAGUAAUUUUUCGGGCACAUCCUUUCAUCAGUUAAUUCUGUACUUGCACUAAAUAAACACGCAGGGGGUUCCCCUGCUUUAAAUUGCUACAUUUUCUUUGGUAUUUCAUGCUUCCACAGCAGAACAACGCUGGAAGAAACACAACCCAGUUUAUUCUAUAACUUUAUACUCCCUGUGGCGCAGAGACGAAUAAUACAGGCCUGAGUUUUUUUCCUGCGUUGUUCUGCAUUGGAACUCAGGCAGAAAUGUUUGUGUAUAAGAGCCCUAACAAAGUUUUUACCUAUCUGUGCAAAUGGUUCAGAUACAUUACAUGAAUUAUUGCAUUGUGCUUGAAUUUAAAAAUAUAUAAUAGAGAAAUCUGUAAUCCUAAUGCUAAAAUGUGACAAUGUUUGCUAAGAAAUACACGCUCCCAUUCCUUUUAGCCAUUAUUUUAUGCGGAUGUACAUUUUAUAUAUCCUUUGUUUUAUUUAGAAACUCUCAUUUAGGGUGGAUCACCAUACAGCUACUUCAUAUUAAGUGAGAUGAUAUUAGUGUAGUCCAUAGUAAAGCUGCUGCCUGCUGUGUUGAUUAGCUUUCCAUCACGGAUACAUGCGACUUUCAUUCAUAUGUCACCAGCAACAGUUUAAAGAAAAAAUAUAUACAUUAUGUUAUGUAUAUUAUGAUAGCAAUUAUUUCCCUUUGUUCCCUUAACAAUGUGUGCAUUGCAGUCCCCUGCAGUGAAUGUGGUACAUGGAAACAGAUGCAAAAAUAUUGAUAUGAUUGUGUUUUAUGUUUUUCAGUGAACCUGGGUCAAAAAUAUCAACUGCUUAAUUUCUUAUAUAGGAACGAACAGUGAUAUUUGGCUCUCUGUUCCAUAUGCAGGUGUACCCAAUGUGAAAAUCAUUUUCUAUAAACUAAAAGUUUGUACAUAGAACUUUAUUUUUUCAGAGUUGGAGAGUAGUUUCUAACAUUUUGCAGAUAUAUUUUCUCUGCAGCCCUUUUUUUGGCAUUUAAAUGAGUGUUUUGGAAUGGCUGAUUCUAAAUAUUGGUAAACUGAAGGCGUGAGCAGAACAAUACUAAAAUAUAAAAAAAAAAAGUCAAAAAUAUUUUUGGACCCCUAUCUCAUAAAAAUGUCAGUAUCAGGUAAUAUCUUCAUUAUAUAGAUCUAACCCUGAGAUCCCCAACAUUUUUUUUUAUCUGUGAGCUACAUUUAAAUAUAAAAAAAAAAGUUGGUUAGCAACAUAAGCAUAAAAAUAGUUCUUGGGAGUUCCCAAUAACAGCCAUGACUGGUUAUGUUGAAGCCCAAUGUGGACUAGCAGACUAUAAGUGGCUCUGUUUGGCAGAACACGUGGUCUUUAUGCCACCAAAACUUGCCUCCAAGUCAGAAAUUCAAAAAUAAGCACCUGCUUUGGAGACACUGGGAGCAACAUCCACAGGGAUGGUGAGCAACAUGUUGCUCAUGAGAGCCACUGGUUGGGGAUCACUGAUCCAACCACAAGAGAAAUACAAGAGUCCCUAAAUAGGUACAAUAUAGCACUACAAUAACCCUGCAUAAUAGUUGCUGUGAUCACUGACUCUAGGAAUUAUGCUAUAUUCAGUCAAAUGUCAUUUUAUACAGACUGAAUAGAAACCAGAUCUCUAGAAACCAUCAAUUAUUAAAUUGCUUAGAUGACUAAUGAUUAGUUACCUCUCCCUGUUCUAUUACAACCUCAUUGUCUCUUUGGUAAAAAGGAUUUCUUCAUUUAAUAUGAGCCGUUUGCUAACAAAACAGGGUCUAUAUGAGCGGAUCUACUUGCAUAACAACUUAGGAAUGUGUUGUAAUAGCCACAGAACCUUCCUAGACCUGGAUCUUUUAUUUGACAUUGGCAGCAAAUUCCUCAGUGGAAUGUAUGACAAAGUAUCCAUGCCUACGCAGGCUUUUAACUUUACAUAAACAUUGUCUAGAAAUGCUGUUUUGGUGUUGGUAUAUUUAACUUAAUUGUGUUGUCAUAAUAGUGUGGGGUUUCUCUUAAACUUAAAAAAAGUGAAUGAAAAAUGUUUUAUUAAAAAUAAUUUUUUUAAAUGUACCAUUUAUUUAUAAUUUUUAAUAAAGAAUAAUUUAUUU